GUGCUGGAAUUCUAAAGACGGUCCUGGAUUCAUCCAUUCACAGAACAUCAACCAACUCGCUCUUUGACAUGUAUGUGACAACGUAACAUAACCUCACUUUUGUUUUUAACUCCAAAUGUGUGGAUGUGUCAACUUUUCAUAGCUUUAUUGCAUCGAAAAUCUAUAUUAUUAACUGAAUAUGGCGUUAAUAUACACUAACGAAAACAACCCUGCAACCCUGAAGUUAUUGAUAGCCAAAAACGUGUCAAAGGCUCCGGUAAACCUUAAAAUAGUCCAUGUUAAUGAUCGGUCUAUACCUCAACCCAGGCGUUUGCCUUGCGUAGAAGAGGAAGAAAAUCUAACUUUAUUUCUACCCAAUUCAGCUGUCUGUUAUUUUAACCCAGUUAAAGAAAAUACAUCGGAGGUACUUGACUGGCUGGAGUGGGAAGCAAAAAACCUGUCUCCUUGCUUAGCUUAUCUUUGUGGAAGUUCCGUGAAGAAUCCUAGUUUUAAAAAGACACUGCAAACAUAUUUAACAAAACUAGAAUGUUCUUUAAAAGAUAAAGUAUAUUUAAUUGGUAACACAUUUUCUAAUGCUGAUAUUGUUAUUUGGAGUACAUUAUAUCCAUUAUAUUUGAAUGAAGCAUUGAGGAAAGAAUAUCUUUUGUUGCCAAAUAUUAUAAAAUGGAUAGAACAUUGUGAAACCAUCCCUCAAUUUAAGGAAGCUGUAGCAUUUUUCAAAAUAGAUGGCAAAACAGCAUAUGCAGCUUUAGCAGCUGGAGCAAAAUAUCUACCUAUUCCUGACCUCACUAGUUCUGAAGGGACAAGUGAAGAGUCUGGUUCACCUCAACACACUGUUGAGGUUGUUAGUGAGGAGGAAUUGAAGUCAGCCAAAGCAGCAUGGAGUAAAUAUGUAACCAAACUACCAAAGUUGAAGCAAAGGAAUGGAAAAGUGCUUCCAGUAUCGAAAGAAAAGAACAUUUUUAUUACGUCUGCAUUACCAUAUGUAAAUAAUGUCCCCCACUUGGGCAAUAUAAUAGGCUGUGUUCUAUCUGCAGAUGUCUUUGCAAGGUUCUGUAGACUUUGCAAUUACAAUACACUCUACCUUUGUGGAACUGAUGAGUAUGGCACUGCCACUGAAACUAAAGCUUUAGAGGAGAAGUUAACAUGCAGGGAGAUAUGUGACAAGUACUUUAAGAUCCACAAUGAGAUAUAUCAGUGGUUUAACAUCAGCUUUGACCAUUUUGGAAGGACUUCAAAUCCUGAACAGUCUGAACUUUGUCAAGAAAUGUUCUUGCGACUGAACGAAAACGGGUUCAUGUUCACCCAAUCUGUGGAGCAACUGCACUGUCCGAAGUGUGACAGAUAUUUGGCGGAUAGGUUUGUGGAAGGGGGCUGUCCCCAUUUAGGUUGUAACUAUGAAGAUGCCAGAGGUGAUCAAUGUGACGGAUGUGGUAAAUUGGUAAAUGCAGUAGAGCUGAAGAACCCUAGGUGUAAGGUGUGUGGAAGUAGGCCCAAACUUAAGACGUCUAACCAGUUUUUCAUUGAUUUACCGAAGCUUGAACCUUUGCUACACCAUUGGAUGAAACUUUCCACACCUGGAUGGUCCAAUAACGCCCAAGUGAUAUCAAAAUCAUGGUUGAAAGAGGGUCUCAAACCUAGAUGUAUCACCAGAGAUCUGAAAUGGGGUGUGCCAGUACCCCUAGAUGACUAUAGAAAUAAAGUGUUUUACGUGUGGUUUGACGCUCCCAUUGGUUACAUGUCGAUUUGUAAAGCGUACACAAAGGACUUUGAAAAAUGGUGGCGACCUUCGAAAGACGUAGAAGUGAAGUUAUAUCAGUUUAUGGCCAAAGACAAUGUACCAUUCCAUGGAGUACUGUUUCCUGCUAUGUUGUUGGGGGCUAAUAGGGGUUACACCACCGUUUCACAUUUGAUGGCUACAGAGUAUUUAAACUACGAGGAUGGCAAAUUUUCCAAAUCACGUGGUGUUGGAGUAUUUGGCAACGAUGCACAAAGCACGGGGAUUCCCAGUGACGUAUGGAGAUUUUAUUUGCUUUACAUCAGGCCCGAAUCGCAGGAUUCCAGUUUUUCUUGGAACGAUCUGGUUACUAAGAAUAAUUCGGAAUUGCUGAACAAUCUUGGGAAUUUUGUUAACAGGGCGUUAAUGUUUGCUAAAAACAGCUUUAACGGAGUAAUUCCUCAAAUGGCGCCUUCAGAUGCAGAUUAUAGGGUAUUAGCUCUAUGUACGAGAGAAUAUGCAGCUUAUGUAACAGCAUUGGAGAAAUGUCGAUUGAGAGAGGGCAUCAGGCAUAUUUUGGCAAUCUCAAGGCAUGGCAAUCAGUAUAUGCAAGCUAACCAGCCUUGGGUAUUGGCCAAGGGUACUGAAGAAGAGAAGUGAGUAAUAACAUCCUCUCAUCCUUUUUCUAUUGCUAGUUUAUCUGUCUACUAUUUUAUAAGCUGAUGUAAAAAGCAUGUGCCACUUCUUUUGUGAUAUUUUUCAGGUUAAGAGCAGGAACAGUCGUAGGGAUCUGUUGUAAUUUGGCAUGCCUUUUGGCGGUGCUCUUACAACCAUACAUGCCUGAAACUAGUGCAACUCUUAAAAAGCAAAUCAAUGCUCCAGAAGUUGUAAUUACGCCCAGCAAUCCUGAAAUCGUUCAGUUGCUUCCACCUGGCCACAAACUAGGCAACCCCUCGCCAUUGUUUUCAAAAAUCGAUUCCGCUCGAGUAGAGGAACUAAAGAAGAAAUUCGCCGGCAAACAAAAUGACAGAAACAACGGUAGCGGAGACAACACUGACGUUAAAGCUGUUGAAGAGAUGGUAGCCAAACAGGCUGACAAAGUCAGAUUAUUGAAAUCCAGUGGAGCUGAUAAGAAAGUCUGGCAACCUGAGGUAGCUACUUUAUUAGAUCUGAAGAAAAAAUUGGAAGCAGCACAGAAAGCUGCAACUUCCAAACCUGAACAAAAGCACGUGCAAAAUGGAAUAGUUGAUGUUAAGGAAAUUGAUAAAAUGACAGAGGAAGUCAAUAAGCAGGGGUUGGUAGUGAGGAAACUGAAAGAGGGUGGUGCAGAAAAAUCUGUUUGGCAACCGGAAGUUGAGAAACUUUUGGCUUUGAAGGCUCAGCUCGCAGUUGCGUCCGGUACACCUGCUGCAGCUAGCGGCAAAGGCAAAAAAACAAAGAAGUGAUGAUGUUUCAUUUUUGAAAAUAUAACAAUUUAAAAAUCUAGGUUCCUUUCAGGGAAUUCAGUGCAAGUAUUUAAUUUUUAAUUUAUUGAUUUCUAAUGGACUUAUUUUUUUUCGAUAUUUAUUAUUAAAUUAUUCAGCCCAACUUUUUACCAAUAAAUGGUUACCUUUUGUA